UACAAGGAGGAGAGCCUGCCUCGAGACUGGGUAAUUGCAGUCUCUGAGAACGGCUGGACGACAAACAAGCUUGGUAUCGAGUGGCUAGAGCACUUUGACAGGCAUACAAAGGGGAGGGUUGUUGGCAGCCACCGCCUGCUAGUUCUCGACGGUCACGAGAGCCACAGCUCAAUCGAUUUCCACCAGCUCUGCGAGGAGAAGAAGAUUAUCACCCUCUGUAUGCCUCCACACUCCUCGCACCUACUGCAGCCGCUUGACGUUGGCUGUUUUGCGCCGCUAAAGAAGGCGUAUGGGUGCCAAGCCGAGAAGCUGAUGCGCAACAAGAUCACCCACAUCACGAAAACAGAGUUCUUACCGUGCUUUAUUGCCGCCUACAAGGCCUCUAUUACAAGGAGCAAUAUCCUAGGAGGCUUUUGA